AUAGCGCAAUCGUUGUGAGUCAACCAGUAAAGCGUUCGCGUUCGACGAAGCCACAACGGUGACGAUGAGUCUUCAACUCGCGGUCUUUUCACUUUGUAUAUGCGGCAUCGUGACAGUAAAUGGCUCGACCGUCAGCCUUAUGCCUCUCUUGAAGCAACUCGCCACGCCGUCGAACGCCAGCGUAUCGUCAGGAACAUCGAACUUCCGCCAACGUUUGAGCCACCACCUCGACAAUAGCGACAACUUCACUCUUCGCGUUCGCUUCGUUCACACCAGCUGCUUCAAGACAAUCACGCGCUUCCAGCUCUUCCCCACUCUGCCGGACGGCAGCAGGCGACCCAUCGUAGGCGUAGAGAUCCUACCCUACAAGCACCAGGUCGUUAUCCGGUUUCAGCAGCGUAAGCGUGUGAAGGCGGAGAGGUUCUACUAUGACAUACCAAGUGGGAGGACUUCCGAGUUGUCGGUUAUGUUUGCCGACGAGCAACUACUUCUCAACGUCAAUUGCACCCGGAUAUAUAGUCGUCAUGUAGGUGCAAUCGAUAUGGCUAGCGCUAGUGGCGACUACGAAGCGCUGUUUCGCAGUAAGGGCGCAAAUUGUGCGACUCAUUCGCGUCUAGAGGCUGCUUAUCUGCUGUUUAAUUCCGAGUUUGUCGAGGCGCUGCCCCAGUGUCUCGAGUCUUCCUGUGGGAUACCGAGUGGCGUUGAUGUGAAGCAAGUGAUGCAAGACUUGAAGGAUGCACAGACCGAUCUGCGUGUGCUUAGAGACGAAGUCUCCUACCUGAACAGAACUCUACAAAAAUGGGACGGCUGCGAGUGUGCAAAGUACUGUACAGACGGAAACCUUCGAAUAAGCAACGGAACGAAAUGGGACCAAGGACAGGAAGAUUGCCAAUGCGUCAAUGGGGAGACGGUCUGCUCGUGUAGGAAGGUGACGUGCUCAGCCAGCGAGAGUUUGUACCACAAUCCUAAUGAUCUUUGUCCCUCAUGUGGAGCUAACUGUGUUGGAGUAUACACAAACGUGAACCACGGACAAGCAGUUGACGAAGAUCAAAACAAGUGUCGUUGUCUGAAUGGACAGAUUACAGAUUGUGUAUCGCAAAGGAAUAACACACAGUCGGAACCAAAGCCAGGUUGUCAUUGCUGUGAGGAGCAUCAGUGCCAGGACAAUCAAGGAUACUGCAUAUGCACCUGCACAGGCAAAAAGUGCAAACAUUGUCCCUCAAAUAUGGCUGUUCAUCCACAUACGGGACAGUGCAAUAGAUUCACGACAGUGAUGUAUCCUAAGCUUGCGGAUUACAAUAUUGCGUUAAGUGAAUAUUUCCGCCGCUCGAAUUCAGGCUAACUGUAGUGUACCGGACAUUACUUGUCAGGUGGGUGACAAAUUUCUGUGCACGGUCAUUGUGUACUUUGUAGGCAGUCGGAAGUAAUUGAUAUAUGAAUAUGAUAUGAGACAGUGUGUAGUUAAAUUGAAGCAGUUGAUGAUGUAUUUGCAAUGGAAUUCGGUUUCUGUUGAGUGUUAUGAAUGAUUGAAGAUUCAAGUUUCCUACUGACAAUAAAAAUAAGUUUUG